AUGCUCCUCUCCCGGGCCGUGGGCCCAGCCACGCACCCAGAGGCCACCGCAGGACCCUUCUGCUGCUGGGCAAAGCAUCCCGCAGCUGGGGUGCCUUCCCUCCCCACUCUCUGCCUCUCACACUCUCUCUGUCUCUGCACAGACAAUCUCUGGAGCGACCAGAGCCUGGAGACAGACCCCGACCUCCCCCCAGGCUGGAGGAAAAUCUGUGACUCUCUGGGCACCUACUACUGGCAUGUGCCGACGGGCACGACGCAAUGGCAGCACCCUGCACGCACCACCAGCCCAGGAGGGCACCCGGAGGCUGAUGGAGAGGAGACACUACAGGGAAGGGAAUGCCAGGCCCCCGGAGUGAAGCACUCGGCGAAGGAUAGGCCCAUUCCCAGCCCCAUGGCUUCGCUGACCAGGAGGCCCUCGCUGUCCUGGCACGGAGAGGACAUCCAGCACAGCGCAGAGCCCGGCUCCAAGUGCUUUGCCGUGCGCUCGCUGGGCUGGGUGGAGAUCCCCGAGGAGGACCUGGCACCGGGCAAGAGCAGCAUUGCCGUCAACAACUGCAUCCAGCAGCUCUCCAACAGCAAGGGCCAGGGCUCUGCGGAGAACCGGGGUGAGGGCCAGGACCUGGUGAUGAUCCUGAAGAAGGACACCAUGAGCCUGGUGGACCCCCUUGAUCGCAGCCUCAUCCACCGCCAGCCCAUCCUCAACAUCCGUGUCUGGGGCGUUGGCUGCGACAACGGCAGGGACAGAGACUUCGCCUUCGUGGCCAGUGACAAGGACACCUGCGUCCUCAAGUGUCACGUCUUCCACUGCAACGUGCCCGCCAAGGGCAUCGCCAAGGCCCUGCAUGAGAUGUGCUCCAAGGUGGGAUUUUAAAGGGGCCUCGUUGGGUGUGAGC